AUGGCGGAGCACAUACCCGAAGACGUGAUAGUUCAAAUCUUGCAGAGGUUGACGAUCAAAUCCUUAAUCCGCUUCACCUGCGUUUCAAAGCGGUGGCGUUUCAUAGUAUUGUCCGACCACCAGUUCGCCAAAUCCCAGUUCCAAAUAACUUCUGAGCAGAGUCGAACCAGACUCCUCCUCCCAACCGCCUCUGAAUCUGAAUUCGAAUCCCUAGACACUGAGACACCAGUAGACACAGAGAUUAUGAAUUCUUCAGUUAGAAAGUUGAGCUGCCCAUUCAAGCAACCGGACGACGUCGUCCGCAUACUCUCCUCCUGCAAUGGUUUGUCUCGAUGUUACUUUGGUUUUGGAUACUUAUCAGCCACUGCCACUGGAGACUACAAAGUUGUUGUCAAAAUCGAACUUGCUGACCUGGGAAAAAAGGAGGCCGAGAUAUUCUCAUGGAGAGCUAACACUUGA